AUGGAUUUCGACUAUGGUACGAGCCAAUGGAAAAGAAUGCCGCAAAUAGAAGUUUGCUUAAAAAGUUUUGAUAACUCUAAAUAUAUGAAACAAGAAUUUUUAAAUGAAAUUGCAAACCAACAUAAUCAUGGAGGAAAGCCAGUAAUUGACAUUUAUGGAAUAACCAAGAACCCAAAUAAUGAUAAUUAUAUGGUGGUUAUGGAAUUCGCAAAGCAGGGAAGUCUCAGAAAAUUAAUAGAUAGCAGAUAUAACGAUUUAAAUUGGGAUUCCAAAGUUGCAAUCCUAC